AAAUCAGUCAUUUGUUGUAGAGUUUGUGGCUUUAAAUCUGAAACCGUAGCAACAGUAACUAGGGGAGAGUGGAUUAACGAGACGAGUGACCGCGAGACCUUGAAAUCACGAAGGCGAUUUUGGAGACACAACAUGGCGGCAGCGAACAGAAUCAGAGCGUGGAUUUUCUAGAGUAGGAUCAUUAUAAAACCGGAAUGAACGAAGACCCGGACUUCAUCGACCAGGACCACUACACAACCAGAAUGAAAGAAGAGAAACAAGACCCGGGCUUCAUCGACCAGGACCACUACAAAAGUGAAAUAAAGAAGGAGGAAGAGGACCCGGAUUUCCUCGACCAGCAUCGCUACGUAACUGUAAUAAAGGAAGAGAACCACGACCAUGAUCUCAAGAGCGAAACGGUGGAGGAGUAUCAGAAGCCGUACUUCGUCGAUCAGGAUCGAUAUGGAACUGGAAUGAACAAGGACAACAACAAAGACGAUGAUUUCAACGAGAGCGGAAUGACUGAGGUGAACCCCGACCACCAGAGCAACGCGCCCGCGCAGCCGAGCAAAGGAGAGUCAUCCUCUGGUCCCCGCGGUCAACAGAAACGGAGAGGAAUGAGACUCAAACAUCUCCACUGUCAUGACUGUGAGAAAUCCUUCACAACACGGACAUGUUUAAAGAGACAUCAAUGUAUUCACACUGGAGAGAAACCAUACAGCUGUGAGCAGUGUAGAAAAUCUUAUUGUCAUUUACGUCAGCUAAAACUUCAUCAAUAUAUUCACACUGGAAAGAAACCUUAUAGUUGUGAACAUUGUGCAAAGGUUUUUUUUAGGUCAAGUAAUUUCAAAGUCCAUCAGCGUAUUCACACUGGAGAGAAACCAUAUCAGUGUGAACAGUGUGGGGCUGCUUUCACGGUGUUGGCAAGUCUAAAACGGCAUCAAAGUAUUCACACCGAAGAGAAACCUUAUAGUUGUGAUCAGUGCGGAAAAUCUUAUUCUGAAUCAUGUCAGCUAAAACUCCACCAACAUAUUCACACCGGACAGAAACCUUAUAGCUGUGAACACUGUGGAAAAGGUUUCGUCAGUUCAAGAAAUCUCAAAGUCCAUCAACAUGUUCACACUGGAGAGAAACCAUACAGCUGUGACCAGUGCGGAAAAGCUUAUGCCCAAUCACGUCAGCUAAAAGCCCAUCAACAUAUUCAUACUGUAGAGAAACGUUACAGCUGUGACCAGUGUGGAAAAGCUUUUGGAAUCCCGUGGGAGCUGAAAGUCCAUCAACGUAUUCACACUGGAGAGAAACCAUAUUGUUGUGAACAAUGUGGGGCAGCAUUCUCAGUGUUGGGAAAUCUAAAGCAACAUCAACAUAUUCACACUGGAGAGAAACCGUACAGCUGUGAGCAAUGUGGAAAAGCUUUUUUGGCUCCAUGUUACUUAAAAGCCCAUCAACGUAUUCACACUGGAGAAAAACCUUAUCGGUGUGAAGAGUGUGGGGCAGCUUUCACAGGUUUGUCAAAUGUAAAACGACAUCAACGUGUUCACACUGGAGAAAAACCGUACAGCUGUGAUCAGUGCGGAAAAUCUUAUUCUCAAUCAGGUUCCUUAAAGCAGCAUCAACGUAGUCACACUAUAUAGGGACAGUAAGAGGAGGAUCAGACAACCAGCUAGGAACUGUUUGGACAAAACCCACCUGUAAAAAUUAACAAAUCAAAUCAAAUUUAGUUAUAUAGCACUUUGAUCAGCUGGAUGCUGUUUUUAAAGUACUUUACAUGGCAGAAUAAAAUCACAAUAAAAGUUAACAGAAUAUUUCUAGAUAUGUUAUUGGCUAAGGAAAGAGGAGUCUGUAAGAUGAUAGGCUUUUAUUGUUGUACCUUCAGCCCUAAUAAUACUGCACCAGAUAGGUUUUCUAAGGCCUUAGUGAUGCUUCUGACUGCUUUAUCUGAAGAAUUGGCUGAAAAGUUUGGCAUUAAUGAUCCCUUUUCUGAUUUGUUGCAAAGCUGUCCCUGGUAGGCUAGUGGUUAAGGCGCAGCGCUCUCGCCGCUACGGCCCGGGUUCGAAUCAG